UGUUUGAUAACUUUGAAGCCCUGACAUACCUGUCACUUAAAUUGCAACUUAAAGUAUGCUGUUAGCUUACUUUUUACUGCUGAAAAUUGCUUUGGUUUUUCCUAAAAAUAUUACCACGAUUAGGAUCAACCAUUAUCACGAGCCCACCUAUAGCCAUUUGAGUUCGUAUCUGGUAUCCUUGCGGACUCGCAAAUAUAUUCACACUCCUGGAGAUAAUCACUUCUGCACCGGAGUUAUCCUAACCAAUCGCCAUGUGCUUACUUCAGCACACUGCAUUACAGAUAAAAACGGUGUGAUGAUGAGCCCUAAACGAAUUGUGGUGGCCCUUUGCGCGUCCCUUUUUAAGACCCCAGAGUCAGAGGAAUUUGUUGUAGACAUUCAUAAUAUGAUUAUCCACCCGUACUACCAUAGAAACCAACACAAUGAUAUAGCUAUUAUAAAGCUGAAGAGGUUUGUGAAAUUGGACGGCCAUCACUUGGCUCCAGUUGUUCUGGGCAAUUCCUCGCUGGAGGUGGGAAACGAUUGCAAGACCAUUGGUGGAAUCUUCGGCGUACGAAGGCAAAGAUUUCAUAGCAUGUUGCUUGUGAAUGUCGAACUGCGGCCAUUCGACGAAUGUCUGAAGGUGAAGAAGAGUCUAAUGGCUGCCAGACCCGAAAACGAGGACCUCAUAUGUGUAAAGUCCACGGAGAAACAGCUGUGUACCACAGAUUUCGGUGGUCCACUUUUUUGCGAUGGUCAGCUGUAUGGAAUAGCUCUGGGGUCCAUCAAUUGUUCCAGUCCAAAUCCUGUUUUCUUUAGUGAUGUAUCGUUCUACAACAGCUGGGUGACCAAAAUUAUAUCGGAGGCAGUGGGCCACAGUAGACCAUUUAUCGCAGAGAGAUAUUCCUUAAUGUCCUUCAUCAUUUUAAUACUCAGCGUUGUCUGAAAUCAGGACAAUGAAAUAUAACUCUCUCUUGGGAAAGGAAAAAUUGACUGGCCCCUGCGAUCCAUGGAAAAUUGGGGAAAGCCCUAGGAAACUUUCGCCUGUACUCGUAUUGCACCUGUGUGCCACGUGUGGCACGUUCACUUUUCCCCCAGAAAAACCGCACUGACUUUCCUUUCUACUCCAACAGCCAUAUUUUCGAUUAUUGUUCAACGCUUUUACACUUUUGCAUUAAUCAAGAAGAAAAGGAAACUGCCGAAAAACUAAAUAAAUUUGUACAUAAAACAUGAUUGAUAAGGCCAUAAAUAAUCCCAAUAAUAAAUAGAAAAUUGGUCAAGAAAAAGUAAAAGGCCGCGACACGGCAAUUUGAUGUAACAACCAAUCAUUAUUAAUAGCCACGAAACGCCGGAUAAAAACCGGACCCGUUAAGGUAACAAGAAAUUGCGCACACACGCGAUACUAUUGGCCAAAAAAGAAAAGCCAGAAGUUAACAAUAACAUGUCUGCGCUGAACUCUUGUUGCUUGACUCCCAUUGACUUUGGGUUCAAGACUCGCUGUCAGUUGUCGGAUGGAAAGCCAGCCAUAAAUCGGUAAUAAUUAUAUUUUUUGUUGCUCUGCAAUUGCCCGAAUGCAGGUAGCUGGGUAUCACAAAAGCUGAUAAAUCGAUGCUGAUAAAUUGAAAAUUACCAGCCAAGCGAUAUAUAAUGGUCUGGUUGAUAAGCCCACAGAUUGCACACACAAAUGUAUACGUACUCGUGCAUACAGCAUUUGAUUUUCCUUUUAUAGUGCUGAAAUUGCAUACCAAUUUGUGGUAGACAGCAGCCUCGACUUAUGUGCUCGAUUUGCUUUUUUCAUUCUCUUCGAAGGCGAACUAGAUGUUGAACUAAGCAGUGGGAUAAAGGAAAGAAAGUUCGUGGUGUAAUUAUUAAAAAACU